UCAUCAUUUGUAUGCGGAAGUAGAUAUCCCAGGAGUAGCAUCAGCGUGUAUUUGUCACUGUUUUGUUGCAGAAUCAAAUCAUAUCUUGCUGAUCAAAAUGCUGAAAGCUGUUAUUUUAAUAGGAGGGCCUCAGAAAGGCACAAGGUUUAGGCCGCUGUCAUUUGAAGUCCCCAAACCUUUAUUCCCAGUAGCUGGUGUGCCUAUGCUGCAACAUCACAUCGAAGCAUGCGCCAAGUUACCAAAUAUGAAAGAGAUCCUGCUCAUUGGCUUUUACCAACCUAAUGAAGAGCUGAACAGAUUUCUUUUGACUGCACAACAGGAGUUUAAAAUUUCAAUCAGGUAUUUGCAAGAAUAUGCAGCCCUGGGUACAGGAGGGGGCAUCUAUCACUUCAGAGAUCAAAUCAUCGCUGGUGGCCCUCAGGCUUUCUUUGUCCUUAAUGCUGAUGUGUGCGCUGACUUUCCUCUGACAGAGAUGCUCAGCUUCCAGAAAGAACACGGAGAACCAAACAGCUUUGUUAUACUCGGAACAACAGCAAACCGAAAACAAUCUCUGAAUUAUGGCUGUAUAGUUGAAAAUGAGGAAACAAAUGAGGUGUUGCAUUAUGUGGAAAAGCCCAGCACAUUUGUGAGCGACAUCAUCAACUGUGGUAUCUACCUCUUUAAUCCGGAAAUCUUUCAGCAUAUUGGAGCGGUCUUCCAGAAAAAUCAACAAGAUAUGCUGCUUUUUCCAUAUGAUGGUGAGGAAACAAACAACGGCUGGCACAGAGCGGAAGCCAUCAGGUUGGAGCAGGACCUUUUCACCGCUCUCGCCGGACAGGGCAAAAUCUACGUUUAUAAAACACUUCGAUUCUGGAGCCAGAUAAAAUCGGCAGGGUCUGCAAUUUAUGCCAGUCGAUUGUACCUCAACCAGUAUCGUAAAAGUCAUCCGGAAAGGCUGGCCUCCAAUAAAGUUGGAGGCCCGAAAAUAAGCGGUGAUGUUUAUAUUCAUCCCACCGCCAACAUUGACCCCACUGCUGUGUUGGGUCCUAAUGUCACCAUCGGUACUGGCGUUACCAUUGGUGCUGGGGUCAGAGUUCGAGAAUCCAUUAUCCUCCACGGUGCGACUCUACAGGACCAUUGCUGCGUCCUCCACAGCGUUGUAGGAUGGGAUAGCACGAUUGGAAAAUGGGCACGGGUGGAAGGAACUCCCAGUGACCCCAACCCCAAUGACCCCUACGCAAAAAUUGACAGCGAGACCCUCUUCAGAGAAGGAAAACUCACACCGUCCAUCACUAUCCUCGGUUGUAAUGUGUCCAUUCCAAGAGAGGUGAUAAUCCUCAACGCGAUUGUCCUGCCGCACAAAGACCUGAACCGCAGCUUCAAAAACCAAAUUAUUCUCUAGCUUCCUCUUUUCACCCUCGCGUUGUUAUUCCCUCACCGGUGGGGAUCACGCUGAAGGCACUGCUCUUGAGUUACUGUUUAUAAGAUGUCAGGAGGGAAGAUAUGGGACAUUCAUUAGGCUGUUUUGAAAGAUAGAUUUUUAUGUGUUUGUCCUCAAGGCUUCACGCAUCGUCAAAGAAAGAGCAAUCACACAUGUUGAUUCACCUUGAAAAGUGCUGUCGGGGGAGGGAGGGGGGCAAAGUUAUUAACUUGACCAAACUGUUAAUUUACCGCCAGAGCAAGAGUAAUAUAUUUGCUUGAUGUUAAUAUGAUGUAAAAAGAGGUUUAUGGACGAGCACAUUAUGUUUCUCCCGCAAGGACAAACUUGAGAGUCUAAUGCAAGAACAGUAAUUGUAAGUAAAUAAAAAUGACGAACUAGUGAGUGUUGGUAGAAAAUUAGAGGGGAGCUUUUGCGUGGCGCUUUGAUUAAAACCUUUUAGUGUAUUAAGUGUAAAACUGACAAGCAGCAAAAAUAAAUUAGAGACUUGAUAAUGAGAUUGCAAUCAAGUAGUUUAUUUUUUUUACAUGUGUGUGCACGCAUAGCAGGGGGCCCGGACUCCUUUCAUAAAAUCAACAACGCAUCUGAGCAUUUGCAAUCACUGGAGGAACUCUGCAUCCAUCGGCGGAUACGUCAGAUUAACAUUUACUUAAUAAGCACUUGAAACCAUCAUGAUCACUUCUGCACUUUAGUUUCAAUUAUUGCGGCAUUUGGGGGACGUGAAAAUUGGGAUAGUGGAGCCGGAGUUAGUUUUACUUGCAAAUGACUUGCUUUAAUGCAUCCGAAGGGGAUUCUGUAAAAUAGCAUCACCACAUUAAACUGAUACAAGUUGUA